AUGGCAGCCUAUUGCAGUCUCUGUUGCUGUGGUACGACUCUGCAUGCGACUGUACUGAAACGCCCAUCUAACCAGGUCGUUGGCACCAUCACAGCCCUGGCUAACCCUGCUCCUGUUCCAGAGCCUCAAAAGGAGGCUGCUGUGGCUACCUUCCAAUCCUCAGCCUUUGUCUCCCCUAACGUUUCCUGCUCCAAAACAGAAGAUCUGUCCCCAGACUGUGUAAUUGCCUCCAAUGGAACCGUGGUCCGCAG